CAAAUUGAAAGAAAGCAUCUCUGAUCUCUCUCUCUCAGACACACUCACCACUCAUCAUUUUCUUGCUUACAGAAGAUCAUAGGUGUUAGUCUUUGACUUUUACAAUCACCAAUAUAUGGCGGCCAUAAUCGGUUGCUCCUCUUCUCCUUUCCGUCACUUCCAACUCAACACAAAUCCCAAGUUGAGGUUACCGCAGUUUGUCAACAAGCAAAGUGUUGCUCACCUGACCAUUUCUGAUCAAGACAAAUCAUAUGGGCAUCUACUUGGAGUACCAAAGUUAAGAGCAAGGCUCCAGAAACCGCAGACUGCGCUUUUUGUUGGUUCUGAGGAUCACUCACAAAUCAGUUGUCUCCAAAGAACUCCUAAAGACAUCUUUCCAAUUGGCAACUCAUGUUUUCAUAUAUCAGGAAAGAAUGGAAGAAAGCCAGUUGUCUCAUUCUGUAACCGUCCAUUUAACAGAGAUAAUGAAGUCAUUUCAUCAAAUUCAAAAAGGACUCGGAUCAGCAUAUCAUCGCUUAUGGUCCCUUAUGUCCUAGUUGCUUCUUUCCUUUAUCCUCAACUUAUUUUACCUGAAGUAAUCCCUAAAACUUCUGGAAACUCAUCAUUAACAAUUUUCCUCCUAUUAUUCUUCACGGAAGCAACUUUCUAUUAUGGAGUUGCGGUUUUUCUUCUUAUGCUAGACCGUUUAAUGAGACCCAAACAACUGGAUCUUUCUGCAAACAACAGUAAUACUCUGAGCCUACAAUUGGAACAGCGAAUGUCUUUUGAUAUUGCCCUGGUUGUGCCUAGACUGGUUAGUAUUGCAAUUCCGUUGGUCACAAUGGGUUUGACCUGGCCAUGGACUGGCCCUGUAGUUCCUGCAACUAUUUUUCCAUACCUGGUUGGUAUAGUGGUCCAAUUCAAAUAUGAGCAGAUUGCAAGAUAUUGGAAGUCACCAUCAUGGGUUGCUAUUCCUUUUAUCUUUCAUGCAUAUAGAUUGCACCAAAUACAUCGAGCAGCAAAAUUUCUAACAGUUAUAUCAUUUCAAGUUAAGAAGGGGUAUAGCAAACUGCCUGUAGCCAGGGGUUCUUUGUCAACAACUACAAAUGCCUUUCGUAUCCUUAUUGUGAUUUGGAUUUGGUCUUUCUCAAGCUUCCUCAUGAGAUUCCUAACUUCUGCUUCUGCUUCUACAACUAAGCAGUGAUGCCUAGAUGAUGUAAGGUUUGUUCACAAUAUCAUCUCACUGUUCAAAACAGACCCCGGGUCAUCUUUGGGCCGAAUAUUUCUAUAUGUACUUUGUCUUUGGUUGCUUUUUUGUGUGUGUGAUAAAAACUAGACAAUCUGAUUAGGCGCUGAUCCUCUAACUAGUCUAAUACUGAUAAUUGUGGUUGCUAGAACUUGUAAAUGAGGAUUUAAAUACAGAAAAAGCAAAUGAAGGGAUAUUGUUUGCAGUUCUGUUUUUGCAUACAUGUUAGAACACGUAUGAUUUGUUUGUCCUAGUUACGUCUUGCCUUUGUACCCAGAUUCGUUAAA